AUGAGGACGGCGUCGAUGUGCACCGCAUGUACUGUGCGGGGCACGCACACGUUCAAGAUCGCCGGCUACAGCCUGCACAGGGGCCUCGGCGUCGGCAACUUCAUCCCGUCUGCCAGCUUCGACAUCGGCGGCUACCUCUGGCGCGUACUAUACUUCCCCGACGGGGAGACGGAGAUGGAGAAUGGGGAUCACGCGUCCGUUUUCCUCGACCUCGUUAGCAAGGCCACCGAGGUGAGGGCGUUAUUCGAGGUCAGGUUGGUCGACCAGACUAACAAGCUGCCACCUUCGGUGGUGCUCUCCCAGAAGACGCCGAUAAUGUUCAACAACAACGAGCAUAGGAACUCUAUGGGCGACGACUUCUUGCAACCAUUGGCGUACCUGCUGGACGACAGCCUUGUGCUUGAGUGUGAUGUCACAGUUCUGAAGGAAUUCAAGGUGACCCUGACUGUGACCACCUUUGACAUCCAAGUGCCCCCCUCAGACUUGGGGGAGCAUCUCAGAGAAUUUCUAGAGAAUGGGGAGGGGGCAGAUGUCGUUUUUGAGGUUGAGGGGGAGGUUUUUCCUGCGCAUAAGAGUGUGGUUGCAGGGCGCUCGCCGGUCUUCAGAGCGCAGCUCUUUGGACCGAUGAGCGACAGGGCAAAGCAACGCAUAACAGUAGAAGAUAUGCAGCCUGCUGUUUUCAAGGCGUUGCUUCACUUCAUUUACACAGAUUCAUUGCCUUCGAUGGAAGAUCUUGAUGGAGAUGAGGGCAAAGAAAUGGUUAAGCACUUGCUCGUGGCUGCGGAUAGGUAUGCGAUGGAAAGGAUGAAGGUUAUGUGUGAGAGCAUCCUUUGCAAUAGUCUUGAUGUUGAGAGUGUCACUGCUACAUUGGCUCUAGCUGACCAGCAUCACUGCAGCAACCUCAGAGAUGCUUGCCUUGAGUUUAUCACUUCACCGGAUAGAAUGGAUGAUGUCAUGGCAACCCAAGGGUAUGCUCACCUCAAAAGAUCCUGCCCUUCUAUUGUCAUAGAUGUCUUCGAGAGGGCAAAAAGGUCCCGCAAAAUUUAG